GUUCCCAAUAAUCUGGACAGCGUGUACAGCAGAGGACAAUGCCGACUCACUCGGUGCCGCCGUGUGUAGAGAGCCCGGAUGGACUUGCCCAAGAUAUUCUUAUUAGUAACAAUGCAAGCAUCCCGGGGUCUGGCUCUAGCAUGACACCACACAACUCCUACUUAGAAAAGGCUGUGUUGCAAUCUGGAGGAAGUGUACCAUUAUCUUGUAUGUUCUGUGACCAGACUUUUACUCAUCAGGAUGAGUUAGGGCCCCAUGUGUUAACACAGCACCCCACCACUUUCUUUGAACCAGCUGUGCUCAAAGUAGAAGCAGAAUUCAGGAUUCCAGGGGAGAGACCCCGGCCCAAACCAAGCAGCCUCGCUGUUGAAAAAGACGAGGUUCACAGCUGUAUUGUGUGUGGUCAGGUUUCACAAGAUGCCAGUGAGCUGGAGACCCACAUGAGGAAGCACAAGGACUACUUCACUUACUGCUGCAAUGUCUGUGGACGGCGGUUUAGAGAGUCGUGGUUCCUCAAGAACCACAUGAAGAUGCAUGUAAAACCAGGAGCGAAGAGCAAGGCCCAGCAAGACCUGGAGACGCCGGUCACCGUCAAUGAUGUCGUCCAAGACCCUGCCCCAGAGCCUGUAGCCACCAUUUACAAAAUGUGCAUGGUUUGUGGGUUUUUCUUCCCUGACCAUGACAGUUUAGUUGAACAUAGUAAAGUACAUAACCGAGAGUUGGAGCCUGGCAGAGAGAAAGACAAGGAGAACCUGGAUGGCACUACUGAAUCCUUUGCUAAACAGGAAACAUUUCUUCACAGUCUAAGACUUCUGCCUCGCUCUACAGGAAAUAGUUUGCAACAUGAGAGAUCAUCGAAGUGGAUUCCCCAGCUAGAUCCCUUCAACACAUAUCAGGCCUGGCAACUUGCUACAAAGGGCAAGAUAGCAGUCGGUCCUAAUACAACUAAAGAUAUUGGCCAGGAAGCCAGCACAGACAAUGAAGAAUGCGGCUCUGAUAAGGAGGAGUUGAGUAAUAUUUGGUCGGAGGGAGACAAAGCUACAAAAGAGGUGCUUGGGAGAGAGCUCCGGCCUCAGCCGCAGACUGUAGUAGAAAACCCAGAACCACAGCGGAGGUCUCUAAUGCAAAAAGAUAAAGACAAAGAAAGGCCAACCACCUGUGACGAAUGUCCGAGAACCUUCAGGACCUACCACCAGUUGGUUCUCCACUCCAGGGUCCACAAGCGGGAGAGAGGUGGUGAAGGCAGUCCAACUUCUGUUGAUGAGAAGUUGUCAAGAGCAGGCUCACUUGAGCAUGCAGAGGACGGCUCUGAGGAGGGCUUUGAGGAAGCGGCUUUGUCAGAAAACCUGGGUCCAGGUGAAGAUGGUUUUGAUCGAUCAAAAGUCAGAUCAAAAGAAUGCAGCUAUUGUGGCAAGUCCUUCCGAUCAAGCUAUUACCUCACAGUUCAUCUGAGGACCCACACAGGUGAAAAACCAUUCAAGUGUGCUUACUGCGACUACGCUGCAGCCCAGAAGACUUCACUGAAAUAUCACCUGGAUCGGCGUCACAAGGACAAACCUUGCGUGGACAUUCCCAGCAGACCGGUGCCUUUAGUGCCCUCUCCUAAUGAGGGAAAACAUGGAAAUGACAAUGAUAAUCCUGCUCCAAAUAGAUCCAAACUGUGGGUUCCUGGAGCUAGAUCGAAUACCAAUGGAACACCAGAGGACAGAUUUGAUAGCAUAGGUAGCAAGCUCGGCAAACCACUCGUCCAGAUGAAUGCGGAGUAUGAGAAAUUAAUUGCUAAGUCUGCUUACUCUCCGAUUGAUGAUGUGGUCGUAAAGUGCCCCGUACCUGUUAACCUUAAGAUUGAAAGGGAGGAGAUAAAAGACGAGAACUCUGAGGCCCCAUUAAAUCUGUCCUUAAAAGUGUCUGUCUCCAUCCCUGCCAGUGCCGAACCCAGAAAUGCAUUAAUACCAAUUGCCUGUUCAUUUUGUGCCUAUAAAACCAUGUACCCAGAGGUUCUGAUAAUGCACAAAAAGCUGACCCAUAAAGACAAGUCGGACAGUACCAAAAAGAAUGGAUUCGGAGGUAGUUCAAAACAGAAACGUUUUACAGGUUGCCCCCCUGCGCUGGACGGGAAAGAUGUCGUCCCACUUCCAAUGAUUGACCAGCGCCACCCUCGUCGAACCAAGUCCCCGCCUCCCCAACCAGCCAAACCACAAGAAAAGACACCUGUUAACCCACCUGCUGGUCCUAAGCGGUCCCCUAUCCACGCACCCGUACACGAUGCUGUCCAGGAGACCCAGCGUCCUAGACAUAACAUUGAUACACAUGCCAGUCAGGAAUCCUCCAGGUACACAGAGCUUUUGAGGAAAUCCAACACGGCAAACAAGUAUGUCUUGGACCGACCAGGCCCCCCCGACAGAAUGGGAAUUGGUGAGAGGAGUUACCCAGUGAGAAGCGGCGUCAUUUGGCACUCAGAUGCUGCCAGGCUGUGCCUGUCGAGCCGAUUUGGGAGCCUCCCCCAGAUGGAUUUUGGUGAACCUUCCAACAAGAGAUUAAAGUAUGCCGUACCUGCAGGCAGGGAAGCCGACACCGGGGAGAAGCUGGGCUUUAAAGGACCAGCCGGGGAUGGAUCAAACAGGCUGCUCGUCUCUGGGAGAAGUAUGAAAACCACAUCACAAGGCUCAGGCCCAACCACAGUUUCUGAUAACAUGGCUCCUUUGAAGAGUACAUCUACAGCUAUGGGAGGAGGUUUGGACACUGAGUGGGGCAUGAUGAACCUUCUGCGCUCCUACACUCCCAAUGACCUGGCAUCUCUCUAUCACAGCACACCACCCAACCCCAGUCACGGAGGACUGGCAAACCCAAGAGCAGGGGGCAGAACUGUGCUGUACCAACACUUACCCACUCUGCCCAACCUGCAGAGGAGAGACCCCUCAGGCCUUUUCCCUAAUCAACGCUAUGGGACCACUGACAAAAGUACCUAAAGUGGCACCAAGAUCUGAACUGUGCUGCUACCUUAUUUUGGAGAACUUUGGAGAGAAAAUUAGUUUAAUGUAUGGAUUUAAGAGAGAUGGUUUGUGCUCAAAAAGUGUCUAUGCUCCCCUAAUUUAAUAUUUUUUCAAUAGUGGAAAAUUGUGUUGCAUAGACAUUUCAGAAGCCUUUAGUAUACAUUUGUUUUCUUUUUUUGAAUGGAAGAGUACAGACCACCUCUGCACUGUGAUAUUUUUUUUUCCCCCACUUAAAACUGUUGCUUAAUCCAUAUUCGAUCUACACUAAUGUUAUCUGUAAGUGUCUGUGGCACACAACGGUAAAAUGUGUAUAUGGGAUAACAAGUAUAACUGUAAGCUUUCAGUACAUAAUUGUAGUAAAACGUUAAAAAUUAUCAUUUGUGUGAAACAUUGCCGCCCUGGUCACUUAACUGUCGAUGCCCAGGUGGUAAUUAAGCACUAUUCUAUUAUUAUUUUCCUUUUCCAAGGCACUGAAGGGUGUGGGGGUUUCUGUGGAAUAACUUGAUGGCUAUUGGCCAGUUGCGUACCAACGGCCACAGUAACGAGUCCUGUGUAUGCUGAAGUGGUCUACCUCAUUUUGUGCUCCAGACAAUGUUAUUUUUGUAAAGCUGCUGUAGCUAUCACGUCAGCUGAGUCUCUAUACCCUCCCACUCGUCUGUCAACUAGGGACAGAUGUUUUGACUUGGAGUAUAACUAGAUGGACAUGUGUUUGUCGGGCACCACAUUAAACACAAACUCAUCUGGUGACAGCAACUACUGCUGAGGCCAUAUCGACCUAUGGCGCAUGGUUGACUGUAACACAAUAUGGGUUGUGGAUUUCUUUGUUACACUUGGUAUUUACAAGCCCGGGUUUAAACACAGGACAGGUUUCAUGGUUAUUAUUUGUCCUUUUGAAAUGGCAAAUGGCUGUCUUCUGCUUUAGUGGUGCCUCAGAUCCAUAAGCUGUACAAUCACCAAAUUCCAUCGUUGAGCUUCGGAAAUGGUCCUGCUGUAUUAUUUGGACUGUGUUUAGUCACUUUUCAGGAGUUUGUUUCUACUAUGCAGAGUCUUGAAAGUGUUCUUGUGUUUCCAGUGGCAGCAGUCAGUCCCGACAGGUCAUUAAUUGGCCGUUUAGAUGUGGUAUGAGUUUUGAAAGAAAAAAAAAUACAAAAGCAGCUAUGUUGAUUAAUGGCUCGAUUAAUUACACACUGUGAACGAGAAGUCUCAGGUUAACUCAUAUUUACACGCUGUUUAGGCUAUUGUGUAAUUUAGUAUUUUGGCCACUUUGAAAGGCUUGGGUUAAGUUAUUUCUUUUUCUGUUUGGUAUUCACAUUACAUGUGUACUUACGUAAAAAUGAAAAUAUUGUUUGAGAUUUGUAUGACACAUUUCAAUAAUAAAGUGAGAGGCGAAAAGC